AUGGGGGAACACGGGGACGAAUCAUUUAAAAGAUAUAUAAGAGCUUGCAAAGCCAGGAGACAAAUGGAGGAGCUUCUUUUUCAAUGCGAGCUAUGCAGAAAGAACAAAAACUUUGACGAAAUAAUAAAAGUGUCAGACCGGAUCCUAAACAACGCCCUGCAGGAAGCCCUGAAACUCGAGCCAGUCCCCAGAGACUACGGAAAGAUGAUAGAUGCGCUUGUCUUUAUCACCCAGAAAAUGCCAGGGAGCCGGUACAAAAACACUGCUUUCUCAGAGGCAUACUGUCUCCUUGGGAAAAUAUUUGAGACCGGAAUUGUACUCCCAGAAAACAUCAAGAAAGCGCACGAGUACUACACGAUAGCAGCAGAGCACAGCAACCCCUUUGGCUGCUACAGGCUGGCGCACUUCUACGAGCACGGAAUAGCCUGCGGUAAAAACCUGCAAAAAGCAGCACAUUUUUACAAGCUGUCUGCGAACGGAGGAUGCUGCAGAGGAAUGCACAGGUACGGAAUGAUGCUCCUAGAGGGAAGUGUGUGCAAACGGGACGUAAAGGGGGGAGUGUUCUAUUUGGAGCAAGCAAGGAAACUUGCCACCCCAAACUACCCGCACGUUCUGUACGAUCUUGGAGUGUGCUACGAAAAAGUUCCUUUGAUGGCUGGACACAUUCUCGAAGACCAGGAGUAUGCGCUCGCUAUCUUUCAGGAGGGAGAUAAGCUUGGGUGUCCGAGAUCAAGCGUAAGACUGGGCCAUGCGUACAACUACGGAAAUCUUGGGCUCAGCAAAGACACAGAGAAGUCCAUACACUACUACACAAGGGCAGAAAGCGUAAGCGGAGAGGCCAGAUUUGAGCUGUACAGGAUAUACCUCGCACAGAACAACCAAGAAGCGUCUUUGGAGUGGCUGAAAAAGUCUGCAAUGCUGGGGCAUCCGCACGGCUUGAAAAUAUAUGCAGAUGCUCUGGAAAAAGGGAUAGGCGUGCCUGAGAACAAGAAAGAGGCUCUGUGGUGGUUUAUCAUAGCAAAGUCCAAGGGAAUGCAGGUAGAUAUGGAAAUAAAAAGGUGCAAAUAG